AUGGCGCGGGACAAUGUCGCAAGAUGUCGCAAGAGAAGUAGAUCGGCACGGAACAGUGCUCCUCUCGGCAAAAGUGGAUGGGGGGGGUGCCUUGCUGCGCUGGGAGGACCCCUUAGCCAGCUGCUGGCUUGCACAUCACAAGAGCUCCAGCGAGAGCUCGAGAAAAAGCAGUCGGCAAAGGUCUUGGUGCUCGGCGGAAACGGUGUGUCAGCCGUGUCUGCUCUUCGAGCUGGUGCUGCACAGGUCGUGCUGUGGGAGCCCCUGCCCCACGUCGCGGCGGUCGCAAAGGAGGUUGUGCGCCGGAAUCUUCCAGAACAGGUCGCUCGCUGUGAGAUCACCUCGGAAGCCAUCCCAUCAGGGCCCUGGGAUGUGGUUGUCGUGGAUCGAUGGCAUGGCUCGGGUUUGUUCAGCUGGGGGCCGGCGCAGUGCCUGAGGAAGGCCGCUGCUGCGGCAUCUAUUGGACGCUUCUCUUCACAGUCCAUGCAGUCUGCAGUUGAACCCACGAAACUAGAAGGCACACGGCGCAACUGCACAACAAGGGUUGACUUUGGUUUCGGGGUUAAAGGAGGCUUGCGUUGCGGAGGCUGCCUGUUUGCAGACGGCCUGUAG